UCCAUUUCCUUCGUUUUCUUUUACUCGUCAGAAGAGAGACAACGAACGAAGACUAAUGCUCUAACCCCCAAACCUAGAGAGAGAGAGAAUUUGAUCAGGGGAUAGGUCUUAGAUUCCGGUCAUUUCUCGGCGCUGACCGGAAUUUUCUCCGACAUGGUUGCUAAAAAAUCCUCGGAGAGGCUUCCCGCCGGGUGGAAAGUACAGUAUAAAGUCCAGAAGGCUGGUCGAAAAGUCAAGAUCUAUGCAAAUAAGGAAACUGGGAAAGAAUUCUUUUCCAAGGAAGAUCUUUUAAACUAUAUUAAAGCGGAAGGUAAUCAUUCUAGUGACUCUCAAUCUACUAAUAGUCACAUAACAAAGCAUGCAGAAACAACUCCUUUGCAGCUUGCAAAUGACAAAGAUGAGCUUCCCAAAUGGUUACCCAAGGAUUGGAAAGUUGAGGUGAAAACUCGACAGAGUGGUUCUCUUGCUGGAAAAGAGUAUAAGUGUUAUAUUGACCCAUUAAGCAAUUGCAAAUAUUAUUCCAAGCCCGAAGUUCUUCGAUAUCUCAAAACGGUAGGGGGCAAGACCAAUAAACAAGGAGAAGCUAAAACAGUUAAGGGUAAUAGAUGCGUAUCCAAAGAGGUCACCUGUUCAGUAAAGAAUAAUAGUUGUGUAAAGGAUGAUAGUUGUGUAACAAAAGAUGCCAAAACAGUAAAGGAAAAUACAUUUGUAUCCAAAAAUACGAAACCAGUAAAGGAUGAUACAUGCGUAUCCAAAAAUACCAAAGCAGUAAAGGAUAAUAUAUGUUUAUCCGAAAACACCAAAGCAGUAAAGGACAAUAGCUGUGCAUCCAAAGAUGUCAAACCAGUAAAAGGCAAUAGCUGCAUAUCAGAAAAGAAGACUGGAACCAGCAUGCACUCUGCAGACAAAGUUGUGGAGAAUUGUGAAGCGGAUGGUUUACCACCAGGAUGGACAAAAGAGCUAAGACCACGAAAGAAUUCAAAAUCAAUAAAAAAUGAUCCGUAUUAUAUGGAUCCGGUUAAAGGAUAUAUAUUUCGCUCCAAGAAGGCGGCCUGGCACUACAUAAAAACUGGAGAGAUUAGUAGACAUGUAAUUAAACCAAAGGAUUCUGAAGAGUCAAUGAAGGAUGAAAUCGCACCAUCAUCUGCAGCUAAAAGGCAAAAAAUGGAUCAUCCAGCAAGCAGGCAACAACUCUUUUCAGGUAAGAUGGAUUCUGAGACGAGCAAUUUAGAAAUGCCAAAAACAAGAGGGUCAAAGAUAUCAAGUGCCAAGCGGGUGUCCCCUGAAACUGAGGCCAACGUCACAAUUUCUGCCAGGGAUGAGACUAUCCAGGAAAAGCCUCAGUUAGAUAAUACAACUCAAGAGCUUGUUGAUACCGAGGAAAAAGGUGAUCCAAAAAAGCCUUCAACAAUAAAAGCUGAAAGGUCCAAGAGACGUGGAGACCAAAAUUCACCACUUUCUGAUGCUGGAGCAUCUAAGAGAACUCGAGGAGCAAAAGACACUGCCAAAGAUACUCUUUUCUCAACAAAUUCACCUGAUAUCCUGAAAGAAAAGGCUUUUCUUGGGACAGUGGAAUUGAGCAGUGUCAAGGAAGCUAAUGUUACUUCUAGAAAUUCUAAAAGCAAGAAAGUGCAUAACUUGCCUGCUCGGUCUUCAAAAAGGCUUGCGGGAGCUGAACCUGAGAAGGUGUUGAACUUGGAAUCGGGUGAACGAGCUCUUAAAAUUGAAAUUAUGAAAAGCAGAAAGACUGAAGUCAUUCAAGAUGCAGGUUUGACUACUGAUGUUUUGGCAGAUGGAUCAUCAGCGAAGCUUGAGACAAGUCCAGGAACAAAGUUCAUAGGCCAUGCUUUUUCUAACACAAAUGAUUCAUUACUCAGAGAUUCUUCAAAGAAGAGCUCAAAACCCCUUAAAGAUCAGGUGACUCCAGAGAAGUUGCCUGUAAAUCUGGAAACUGAUCAUCUGAAUGACAGUUCAGAACCACAGCUUAGUCUUCUGUUUGGCUCAGACCCCUGUCUGGACUUCGCGUUCAAGACUCUCUUAGGUGAAUUACCCCUGGAUGAUUCUCCUCUAGAGGAACCUAUUUUGAGUCCCGAAGAUGAUUCAAUACAACAUGUCUCGCGUGAGAGUGUUAAUAAAAAAAGCAGUACUGAAAUAGUUCGCACAAGCAGAAAUAAACCCAAGAACAAGAAAGAGCGUCCGUUGCCUCAUAGAUCAUCAAAGCGACUUGCUGGGGCUGAACCUGAGUUUGUGGUUAAGUCUGUGUCCGUUGAACAAGCUCCCCAAAAUUCUAGUAGAAAGCGUAAAGAUAAAAGCACUAGCUCAUCCGCAAAUGUGCUGCAUGAAGCAAAUCAGCUGCUUGGGGCUGAGCCAGAAACAAAUCAGCUGCUUGGGUCUGGGCCAGAAACAUAUCAGCUUGUUGGUGCUGAGCCAGACACAAAUAAGCUUGGUGCUGAGCCAAGAGCUAAGUCAGAAACAAAGCUUCUUGGGGCUGUGCCAGAAACAAAUCAGCUGCUUGGGGCUGAGCCAGAAACAAAUCAGCAUGGGGCUGUGCCAGAAACAAAUGUUCAUACUCAGUUACCUAGUAAAGACACUUCAUUGCAGGCAGAGCCAUUGAAUAAAACAUUUAACUCUUUCAAGGAUUCUGAGGCACCUCAGGAGCAACAACAGAUGCACGAGACUCAAAAGGCAGAACCCGAGAGGCCAGAAUCAGAUGUUUCAUUUUCAUUCGCAGAUUAUUGGUCCGACCCUUGCCUAGAUUUUGCAUUUAAGACUCUGACCGGUGUAAUACCAAUAGAAGAAAGUUUUGCACAGGGUGAUUUUCGGGCGCAAGUUGAUAUUUCUCAGAACCAAAGGAGUAGUGGUUCCACACUGCCAGAUUUUGGUUCACCUAGCUUGUUUCAAACUGACAUAUCAUCCCAGUUUGCUACACCAGAAAAGUCUAUGUUAGGUCCGCCGUCUGCAGUGACUUCUACAGUAAUGUCCAAUGGAAAUGUGAACUUUCCUAGUUGCAACGGUAUUCAUUCCCAACAACAGUGCUUGGAAGGCAAUAAUAACAAGGAUUUGCACCAAAAGAUCAUGGAUACUCAGUAGCAAGACUCAGAUCAUUGACACUCAGAUUCAUUCAGUAGGAGUAGGAAGACUCUUUCCAUCCCCCCACACUCUCUUCUUCAGCACCGGAGUUACGUUCACGGCGUUCCUAAAGAUGACAAACAAACAGUUAGUUCCCUCUGCUUUUCUAAUUUCAGAUACAACAUUUAAGUAACAAAUGAUACUAGAUUCAAAUGUACCUCAGGAAUGAAAUUGAGGCCAACUCUGAUCUCUCCACGAUAUUCUUGGUCCUUUACUACGUUAUAUACAGUUGGUGGAAUGCUUCCUUCCGUAAACAGAGCGUCUAGUGAGAUACUGCAACAACUAAACAUAUGUAAGUGAAAAGGGUUUGCGGGAAUCCAAAUGAAGCAAUACAGGUAAUUGAAAAGCCCCCAUUUCUACUACAAGUGUUUGAUAUAUUAGAUGACAGUACUUACGUUGCUUCUCCAACGAAAUCAUCCUGGGAAAUGUUGUCACUGUCCAUUAUUUUCAAGGUGAGUUCUGAAACGCCCUCAGAGUUCACACUGAACACAAAAUUUUCAUUCCAUUCUGGCUCAGUCCCUUUCCCUGCACCAAAAUAUUUGUACAAAACCAAGUUUUAUUUAUCAGCUCUAUAAUACAUUAUCGUUCAUAUCUAAUAUCUAUGGAUUAUAAUGACUAUGCAUAUGUACACCUAUACUUUAUUAAAUACAUAUGUACAAUAAUAAAGCUCAUAUUUUUCUCUUUAUCAAGAAAAAAGUUGAAACGUUUUACU